CAAGUGAAACGAAACGCGACUCGCUCACACAGCAGAAGUAAAAUUCGGAAAUAUCCUGUAAAACUGCGCGCUGCCACAGUUUGGCUGGCUUUCAAAGGUGCAGAGGAAACUGCCACACGAGGUCGAAAUUACAUCUCCGCAAUUGUUUGUGAGCACCGAGAGUGCAGUUGAGAGUGAGCAGGGCAAAUAAUCCUGGGAGGUUGUAGCGAUUUUUCUUCGCCUAAAUUUCCACGCAUAUCUUGCGUGGCACUCGUGUGUGUGUGUGUUUGUGUGGGUUUGUGUGCGCGCUUGUACAUGCAUAUGUGAAGUGAUUCGGGAAAAUCUCAACACAUGGCUUUUGUUAUCAAAUCCCUUUAGGUGCUUUUUUGUGUUUUUGGUGCAAUGUGCUGGCCGUGAUAGUCUGGUGGUAUAUCAUCUAAAAAGGAACCUUGCCGUCCCGAUCCGCCCGCCCUACCCCAGCAUCGUGCACGGUUUGAAGUGUGACGCGUGUUUACCGCUGGCCGUGUGUGCGGCUGAAGAAAAGGUGCAUCGUUGCUCGGAGUGAAGAGAAAAGUGAAGAAGAAAACAACAACAACCAAAAGAGAGAGAGAGAUCAAAAAUUCUAUAUUUAUCGAAAGUGGACACAGUCGCAAGGUUUGUGUGCGUGUGUGUGUGUUAGUACUAGUUGGUUUUUCCCCUUUUCAUGCCAGCGAUUGUGUUGUUGUGUCGUUGGCUGUGCUGCUGCUAGUGGCAACAUCAUCAUCAUAGGCGUCCUGCGAAAAACGGUGUGUGUACUCGCGCAGCGGGGCUUUCCACGCGCUGAAUCGCAGUAGGCGUGAGAGUGACAGGAGCCACACAGAACACCACAGCCCUACUACACAUUACUACUGCCUGCUGGUUUCGCGAGAGCGUGUGCGAGCGAACCGGGAAAGUCCCUCGAUUGGUCGGCAGGAUAUCCGCCGGACUGAACAGCAAAGCCGGGCAGCUGCUGCCGGGCGUGGAACAUUUCGUUGGGAAACGGAUUCGCUACCACGGAGCUGGCCGGACCGACAUCACCAUCAAGCGGUGCGCUAUAAUGAAGAGGCGCAAUGCCGACUGUGGCAAAAUACGACGGCCCAUCAAGAAGAACAAAAUUGCGGAACAGAUUGGGAGCAACACCCUGCUCUACAUCAAAUUCCUCCUAUUAUGGGCGUCCGUAAUAACAGCAGACUUUUUGCUCGAAUUCCGUUUUGAAUUCCUAUGGCCGUUCUGGUUGCUGCUUCGUUCGAUAUAUGAUUCCUACAAAUAUAAAGGAUUGGCAUUUUCGGUGCUGUUCGUCUGCAUAGCGGUGACAUCCGAUUUGGUAUGUCUAUUUUUCAUCCCCGUUCAGUGGCUAUUUUUUGCCGCCAGUACAUACGUUUGGGUCCAGUACGUCUGGCAUACAGAUAAAGGAAUCUGUUUGCCAACGAUAAUACUGUGGAUAUUGUUCGUAUAUCUGGAGGCUGCCAUACGAUGGAAGGACAGUCGCAAUAUACCGCAUCUCAAUCUUUGCCGACCGUUCGCCGCUCAUUGCAUUGGCUAUCCGGUGGUGACGCUUGGGUUCGGUUUCAAGAGUUACGUAGGCUUCCGCAUACGGCAACGCAAGCAGCGCGAGGUAGCAAAGGACAACGACUUCUACAUGCAGCUGCUGCAGGAAGCACUGCCGAAGGAGGAAUCCAGGGCGCUAGAACCGCUGGCCGACGGGGCUACCGGGGCGGGCAGUGAGCAGUUGACUUCAACGAAGGAGCUCGUACCCGUAGCGACGUCGGGCAACAACCAUAGUCUGAACAGUAGUAGCAACAGUGCUACGAGCAACCGAAGUGAUACAGGGCAGCAUCACCACCACAAUCACCAUAAUCACAAUCAUCACCACCAUAAUCACCAACAGCAGCAGCAUCAUGCAAGUCACAGUAAGAGCGCGCAGAGCUACAAAUCGUCCAGCAGUGGCUCCUCCUCGACGACGCAUGUGAAUGGGCACGUCAGCAGUGGUAGCUCGCCGUCCUCCUCGUCGACCAGUACGAUGAACGGCGGCCUAAAUCACGCUUCACACCAACAGCAAGGCUCUUCCAAGCAUCGGAAAAGUUUGGACAAGGAUAGCAGCAGCAGCAGCAGCAGCAACAGCAGCGGCAGCAAUGCGUCAUCCAAUUCAACCAGUACGUUUAAUGCUGGCAGUAAGAUGAAUGGUGGUAGCGGUGGCAGUGGAGGUAACUACUCCUAUCACCAGACCACCACAUUCCAACAGAACGGUGGUAACGCUAGCACCACCAGCAGUAGCUCCAGCGGCAGCAGUAGCGCUGGUGGUGGUAGCGCCACACACAGUACAAAAGAAAACUCGAGCACGGGAAGUCGUGGCGGCGAUCAUAAUGGUAACAUUCACUGCAACGGUGGAGCUGUGACAAAGGAUGCAAAAGAUGGAUCCGGGCAGAGUCUGGCCGCUCGUAAAGAUUACGACAAGGAGACAACGAGCAACAGUAGCAGUGCGGCCGCCGGUUCGAUCGGUUCGUCUUCUUCGAGCUCCGCGAAACACUCCAAUCGUUCCAAAAGUCCAACCGAAAGCAGCACGCAUAGUGUGGCGGUGGGAAGCAGCAAAUCGAACAGUAACAAACAGAACGGCCACAUCAGUUCGCAAUACCAUCAGCCGGAGCUUGUACAGCAGGUGGCGUGUACGGAAGUAGCGACGGCUGGGUCAGAAUCGAAAGGGGGUGGUGGUCGUUCCGGGCGCAAAAAUCGGCUUAAGAAAGCUGCCGAGCAGCAGGCUCAACUGUCCGCAAUUGCUAAACUUUGUGCUACCCUGGCGCUGGCGUCCUCGGUGACCACGCUAACGACAGCGGCCGGGGCCACGUUGUCAUCCGGUGGUGGUGGCGACAAUGCAACAACCAUCACGUCAGCUUCGUACACCGGGGCUGGCAGUGUGCCGUCUGCCUCCGUUAAGGACAAUCACCAACACAAUAGCGAACAUGUGAAGGAAUCUGGCGAUGGUCGGUCUAGCAGCAGCAGUAGUGGCGCCCGAGACAGCAAAAAAGAUGCCAGCGGUAUGUCAGCAAAUGGAACAGCGAAAGCGACCCCAGCGGCGGCAGGAUCGUCGUCUGGACAAGCUUCAUCUGCUGGAGUAGCACCGCCAGUCGCUACUACCGUGGUAGUGCAGAAGGUGUGCGAAUCGUGCCCACGGCUCGAAGGUGACCUAAAGAAGUUGCGGGCUGAACUGUCAACUCAUCGACAGACAGAGAAUGAGCUGCGUCAAAAGUAUGAUUCCAACACGGGCAACCUGAAAUCGUGUCUACAGGCUAAGCAGAAGGAAUACGACGAACUACAGAGCAGAUACCAAGAGCUUAGCAGCCAGCGGCAGCAGGAACGGCAAAAUUUGCAAACCGUUGAACGACGGCUGGGUGAAGAGCGGCGCCACCGUCAAUCGCUCGAGGCUCAGCUGAACAAUGAGCGCAAGUACCGGAAGCAGGCCGAGGAGAAGGCGGCGCGCUCCGAGUGUGGCGAGUCGUGCAAGAUGAAAAAGCAACAGAUGGAAAUGGAAAUCGACAAGCUGCAGCACGAAGUGAUAAACGCGGAGGAGGGCAAGCUGAUGGCCGAAAAGCAGGCUCGCAACUAUGAGCAGGAGAUGAGAAAGUACGAGCUACAGCUGCGAAGCCGUGAAUCGCAACCCAACACAGAAGUGUUGAUCAGCGCUUUGGCCGUGAUGCGGGAAAAGAACGAAACGCUGGAGAAGAACCUGUCGGCCGAAACGAGAGUUAAGCUGGACUUAUUCUCAGCCCUGGGGGGCACCAGGCGAGAGGUGGAAAUUCUCACCUGUUCCUUGCGAUCGAAGGAAAAGGAAAUACUCGAUCUUAAUGCAAAAAUCGUGCAGCUCGUGGCGGUCAUGCCCAACGAUGCCCUCGGGCUGACCAGCCAUGGUGGGGGAAGUGGAACGGACGGGUCGUCGAUGAUGCGAUUGGCCGACGCACCACAGCUUCUGCCGCAAUCGCUGUCGAGCGGGCAUCUGAACGGGAUGGGGCCGGUUAGCGGUGGUGGAGCUGGGGGAGGUGGUGUUGCUGGAGGCACAGGCGGGGUAGGCGGAAUGCAUCAAACCAGUCAGCAGCAGCAACAGCAGCAGCAACAGCAGCAACAGCAACAACAACAGCAGCAGCAGCAGCAACAACCAAGCCCAUUGUCGCACAUGGUGGUGCAGAACGGACCAUCGUUCUGCAGUCAAUUAGGUAGCCUCGGGGUGCUAACAUCCACGAUGACGACGCUGCCCUCGUCGUCGGUGCUGGCCGGUCCGAACUCGAGUGCGGCGAACAAUGGCUGCGGCGUCGUCCACCCGUCGUCCGGUACUGUCUGCGUCGGUUUGCCAUCGCUGGGCGGCCCUGGCAGUGGCAACAAUGGAGGACAAAUAGUACAAAUGCAAAACGCAAACAGUGGUGGCGCCAACGGCGGCAACUGUCCCUCCAGUCUCGAUCCGAAUGCGACGAUUUACACGCCGAAGAACAACGGCAUGGUCGGCGGCACCGAAGCCUGACCGCAUGAGUUAUCGUUUUUCCCGCCCGGCAAUGUCACCUUUUCAGCGCUCCCAUCGGCAUCCUCGCUAGCGCUGUUUGUCAGCCUGGACAGCAGCGCUGGUGGGACCGUCAGCACCACUGCUACAUCCACUGCUAACGCCAGCGCAACAAAUCCAAUUAGCAGCAGCAGCAUCGCCACCACCAACAACCUGAUCAGCGCUAGCGUGGCCAACCUGGCGCAACAGUUCAACGCACACCAUGCUCAACAUUCAGUGGCCGGUUCUGCUGCAAGCAGUUUGCCGUCACACUCAACGUCGCUGCUGACGCAAACGAGUCAUCCUGCCCAUCAGCACUUUCAGCAGCAGCAGCAGCAGCCGCAACAGAAUUCGCAGUACCAUCAGCAACAGAAACAGCAAUCGCAUCAUCAACAACAACAGCAGCAUCGACAACAUCCGCCAAACGAUCCGUUCGUUUAAUUUGCUACAACGCAUCACGCAUCGGAAACUUUCUUCACGUUCGAUUUGUUGUGUUUGGUUCGUUGGGUUAAAAUUUUCUACAUUGAACUUCUUAUUUUUCUCUCUCUUUUAAUCUUUAAACUGUCUAGCUUCUCCUUCCCGCCGUGGUGACGAAAAUUUCGCAACACAGGGAAAGGCUUUUACUGCUUCUUCGAAUACACUGUUCAAACGUAACACGCAUGUUUCGCUGUGCAGCUCCCGAAAGCUCUGAAACGGUUUUUGAUCUCAUAAGAAUAAUCUCUCUCCCGCGUCACCCCCCGUACGAGCUUGUCCAUCGUUCACUUGCGCUGUACAAAGGUUACGGUAGGGUUAAUAAUUUACCUGAAACACGCACCUUGUGGGACGUGUUUGCUUUUUUAUUUUAAUUAUUUUGCACAAAGUUCCUACAUUUUUCUUUCUUCGAACAUUAUCUGUUAAUUGACUGGUCGGUUCGGCCAUAAUUUGUGCUGAUCUUCUGAAUAUGACUCUCUCUGUGUAUUUUCCUCCAUUUAAUACAAUUUAUUCUAGGCUAUCGCUUAGUGUUUCAAAGGAAUUUUAGCUGAUUUGGCAUCGUACUUAGGACUGUACUUUGGUGUGAUCCAAACAUCCUAAACUCACUCCAUUCACGGGAAAAGGAGAAUAGAGUGUCUAAUGCUAGUUCCUUCCAUUACUCUACGUUGUGCUGCUUGUCGAGCAUUACUUUUCCUCUUCCUCUAAGUUGUCCCUGAUUUGGCUGCAGAGAGCGCAAAGGCGAUACAGCAACAUAUGGUUUGUGCGCGCCCAUUGCGGAUGUCUAUACGCACUGAUGUUCAGCUGCGUUGCCCUUCCCUGUGGGUCCCUUUCUACCUUAAAAGCCACCAUUCUUGGCCAGAGCGGUUUUGUAAAAUGAAAAAAUGCAAACAAGAAAAUGAUAUGUAUCGUGUGCCGGGAAGGAGGAAUUUGCAGACAUAAUGUUGUGAUAUUCAUAUUACUUAAAUAUAUAUACACGUACAAUAUAUAUUCUUACAAUUAAUAUUAAAUAUAUAUUUUUACAAUUAAUCGUAACUAUAGAUUAUUUAUCAUGUACACACAUACAUACACACACAAACGUUGUAAAACAAAACAACAACAACAAAAAACACUCAAAAGCGGUUUAGUGGAAAAACAACUAUUUAAACAAAAAAAAAUGAUCCCGUAACCCGUUUUAACACAAAAUUCAAUCAUAAAAAAGGCAGAUGCCUUUUGAAAGCAUGCCUUUCUUUUUGGUGAAAUUUCGAGUGAUAGUUCGGAAUGAAGUUUUUUUGGCAUUCAAAAUUUUUGUCUUCUUCAAAUUAUGACUCUCGCUCCAAAAAAAACCUGCCGAUAGUAAACUGCCGCAAGUACUGAUACUUUCAAUGCUGUUUAGUUAAGUUUCGCAUCCUAAAUAGUUAGACUCUGAGUGUGUGUGUGUAUUUUUUUAGUUAGUUAGUAACAUUCAUCGAAAGCGUCGCACGAAAGUAGUUUGAUUUUGAGCCGAUUCCUGCUGCUUUGAGAGUUUCGUUUUUGGUUUUUCGAUUAGAAAAAGGCACACGUUGUAAGUUGCGUUUUUUUUGUUAUCUUUACAACACAAAAUACGAUUGCGCUAAUAAACAAACGUCGAUACAUUGGCCAUUGCUGCUGGCAGAAGUAAAAGAAUGAAUUGAAUUGGAAAAGCUAUGCUUUUCCGAUGUAUGCACCACCACCACCACACGCCCCGCUCAUUCUUGGAUGGUGGGGUGACGGGCUCAACCGCACACGAAACAACACAAACACCUUACACAAGCUAAUCGCAAACAACUAAGGAAAAAACAACAACAGAAAACACAGAAAACAAAGCUGUAUAAUUUAUCGUAGAACAUCAUCCGAAGAAAAGGUGCGCGCAAAUUUUGGCGAAAGUGGGACGGACAGAAGCAAGUGUACGAAAAAACGACAACAAAACAGCUGAGGGAAGAAAAAUAAACCUGAAAAGGCAAAAAGAACUCGCGCAAUGAUGCAUGUAUUAUAGAGGGAGAGGAAAAUCGAUAAAAGAUAAAGUAAACGGAAGAAGAGGAUGAAAACUGCGCGGGAGGGACAAUUAGUAAACGAUAAGGUACGUACUACAAACACACACAAACACUUAUACGGACAAACAACAUAACAAAACAAAUAUCUCGAGAAUGAUAACAGAGCAACAAAACAACAUUAAGAACAUAAAAACAUACAAGAAGAACGAAUAUAUGGUGUAAUUAACGCACUGAAGAGAUUAAACCGCGAAGGUGAUAAAUGCAAAUGAAAAGCAAAGAGGAAA